AUUUGCAUUACUAAAUAUUCAUGAUCUAGUGGUCGUCUGGUUGUAGUGUCGCUUGUCCUUUAUGACGUGUCUGCCUCGGCAAGGUUUUGAACGCAGUUGAGAGCAUUUCCCAAAGGACCAACGAAAAUGACCCUGAUGCUAUUUUUGUCAAGAGAAUGACAGCUAAAUACGAGUGGUGUUCUCUGUAGGACAGGCAGAUUGAAUGUAUAAAGGAUAAAGCCAGAGAGAUAGCCGAACUUCCAGAAGAGGAAUUUAACCAGCUGUUCCUCAACGCCAGGGAUUACAGCUUGGCCCCAGAGCGCAAAAUGACCCACGCCAACCGUGGAGGGUUUGGGGAUGGGUCAGCUAGGGCCAGGCGUGGGGAGGACCUAAGUAGUGAAGAUGAUGAUGAGUUUGAACUGAAUGACAAAUUUUCUGGUAUCAUACCGCCCAGUGUGGCUUUCAAUAACUGUCUCAAAGACCACUGUGGGGAAGACAUUGACUUGUAUGGGAAACGCACAGACAAUGAUUCAGGGAUUUACAAUUCUAGCAAGGCCACCACCAGCAUUGGGAGCUACUCUGAUCAGGAGUAUGAAAGUGAUGGAGAAGAAAGACAUGGAACAUUUGAUUAUUUUCCUUCACAGCAGACAACAGUCAAGGUGCACAAGGCACGUGUUGGGUGUUCGCUAGACUAUGACGAGGCUCAUGAGGUGGAGGAUUCUGAUAAGGACUCGCCACGGUAUGAUGGUUCUAAUGACUCGCCAAGGUAUGACCACAGUCUUAGUAAGACAGAUAACACAGAUUUCGGCACAGAAAUGAAAACAUUCCGAACAGUUCGAUCUGAAAGUGAUGAUUUCAUGACUGAUGAUGACAGCGAUAGUGAAAAAUUUACUCCCCACAGAAAACUCUAUCAGAGAAAAUGUGCUGUUGGUCGUAACAAAAGUGGUGGAAAUUACUACACACCAAUGACCAGGGAAAGCAAAGAGGAGUAUGGCUCUUUAUCCACAUCUACAUUUUCAUUUGACAGGAGUAAGAAAGCCCUCCACAACACAACUGCCUCCUCCCUCAGAACCAGUGGCGUUGACGAAAACAUAAACUUUCCAUUGACAAGUACAUGCCCCAAAUCGUACGGUAGCACUAGUAGCCAUGGUGUGAAAGUAGAGACAACAUAUUCGCGUUAUCACAAAUCAUCAAAAGACCUUGCUGAUCGUGGUCCACCUUUUGGUCAAGGUCAGGACCAACUUGGUAAGGUUGGAAGUUCAAUCAGCACACUGAUCUCCAACUCCCAAAGUGCUCACAUCUCUAACCUACCAGAAGGCAGACCGAUUCUCUUGCCAGGACCUGACUUGGGAGUUGAUAAUGGGAAGAAACGCAAGAAAAAGAAAAAAGGAUCAAAAGAUGAUUUGGAUGAUAAGGGAAAGAAAGCUGACUUUGAUGAGAAUGGCAACCCUCGUCUGAGUGAUGUUUCACAACUUAUGCCAAACAGCUAUAUGCAAAUGAGAGAACCACCCCAGCCUGUUGAUAGAGGGGCAACUGCAAGCAAGACCAGAUUUCGUCAAAACCAAAAUGGUUGUUUUCCUUCCAAACUUGAACAACUUGAAAACUAUCCAUUUAGUGGACAACAGGUGAGAGACCUUGAGGAUUUGUCUGCUGCUCAGAGCUCUGCUGAUUCUGCAAACGCACCCAAAAAGUCACGGAAAAAGGUGAAAAAGGAGAAGGUGAUUCGUGCGGAGGAGGUAGAAAACUAUGUAGGGGAUAAAGACGUGAGUGAACUUGUCAAAUUUAUUGAGCAAGACAAUGGCGGCCCGGCAGCCAAAAAAGCUGUCAAGAAGCUUAACCACACUACUACUGUCCCCCUACCAACAACCAAUGACGCUAUCACAACCACUGUCAAAACGACGGAGAAAAAUGCUAAAAAGAGUCGCGACAAGAAACACCGACUUCCUGUUAACAACAAAGUGGUAGAAGGUCAUAGUGGACGGGAAAGAAGUGAAAGUGGAAGUGCACUUAGCGGUAAGGAGGAGGAGGAGGAAGUAGUGGAUAAAGUAACUGAGGAUCUACCCAGUGUCCAGCUCAAACAGGACGAGGAUAUUGAGUUGGAAGCAGUAAUUGUUGAGAAUCCCAUUGCUGUUCAGAGCAAGGAUUCUCUGCUUCUCCUUCACAAUACAAGUGUUUCUGUAAAUACAAUGGGAAAUUCCUAUGGACGAACCUCAAAAGAGGAGAAUGAAUUGAUUACCUCAGAAGAAAGUGUUAUAGGAGCAUGUGAAAAACUAAAUAACGACAUGUCAGGUGAAAACAACAAAGACUUCUCAAAGCUUGUCACCCAGAACAAUCAUGUGGUGCAUAGUAUAGGCAAAGUCAAAAUCAACAGUCUACAUGAGAAUGAUAAAAUACAUGAGGACAAAUCUGUUCAAAACAAUAAAAAGAAAAUGGGGAGUGUGACUGUCACAACUUCAGCCAGUGUAAAUAACAACAAAAAGACAGACAAGGCCAAGAAUGCUACUGGUGAGGAGAAGCUGGUCACCGGAGCUACCAACAAUAUCAAACACAAUAACAACAAAAACUCAAAGGUGAAGGGGGAAGUCACCCAUGGGGAGACCUUUGAAUGUGAAGGCCAAACAAAGUCGGACAAUGCGAAGGUCGUGCCAUCUAAAGCUUCUGCUUCCUCAGUUGCAGCUGCUAAUGUGAAAAACAAUGUGGUAAUGUCGGAAGAAAAUUAUGGUAACUACAUUUUCACUGACCUUGACCUGCCAGCCGCAGAACCAGAGUUUACUAUCGUCGGUAAGAAAAAGAAACGCCCAGUUACAGGCCAAGUACACACUACACCUCAGAUGAUCAAAGAACCUAAUAAUAGCAACCACAGUAUUAAAAAUGGCAGUGUGCAUGCCACUCUAAGGACAGUAGGACGUGUGGAACGUCCUCGUAAGCCAGUGCCGCGAUCAGUGACCCCUCCACCACGUAACAGUCUGUCCACCACAGACAGUAUUGACUCGGAAAGGCUGCGGGAUCUCAGUCCCUCGUCAUUUCCAGCUCUGAGCAGUUCCAGCUCCAGUAUAAACUGUGGUCGUCAAACAUUCAGGGAAGGCCGGCGCAACUCCACAGGGGAUGUCCCCUGUAAGGAGAUUGCUCUAAAGGUCCAAGAUGAUAGCAGUGACAUUGAGUCGGUGAAAUCCCUUCCCGUGGCUCCCGGUGGCCCAAUCCUUCCAGUCUCAUAUGCCAAGAUGGCUGCCUCACCCAAGCCUAGCAACACAUCGCUAGCUGGUAGCAGUGGGGAAGCAGAAGAGGUUUAUGAUAGCUCACAGGAGGCCAACAAGGAGUGGAAGUCUGCUAACUGGAAGGGCAGCCCCACAGAAAGGAGGCACUCCAUAGGCUCAAGUCCUGAAAAUAACCUCAAGGAAACUGACAAUAUGCUCCAAACACGCCUAAAAUAUGGCGGCAGUCAGGAGCUUCUCCUUGCCCCUGGGGAGGCUGAGGAAGAGUCAGUUGCUCCUGGAGAGCAGGAAGCAGUGUCCCCUGUUGCUAGUCCUAGUGCUUGUUUCAUGUCAGAGGACCCCUUUGAGGUGGUGGUGUCCUCGGCUAGUGCUCCAAUUUGUAGUAAAGUAAUGUUUGGUGAUGUGACAAUGGCAAGUGUUUCACGUAAGUGCAAAGGGACAAAUUCAUUAUCAGACCAUAAAGUUUCAGUUUCACCCUCUACCAUUAAUAAGACUCUGCUGCCAGAGGAUGUCGGUGUAGUUACUCCCCUCAGAGGGAACGGUGAUGUGGAAAGUGCACCUCUCCCCUCUAUGGAGGGUGUAAAUGGUGCCCCAGGGGAGUGUAUUCUGCCCCUGAAGGAACCGAGCCCCAAGUGUGGGGGUCAACAAACUAAGUCACUUGUGCCUCCUACUAAACAUCAAAUCGGAAACGGAAGAAAAGUCCACAAAAACAAAUCUGUCAUUUUCUUAGAUAAAAAAAUGAAUCAGGUGCCGAAAAAUUUAGAUAUUACAUUUGGCUUUGAGCUAGCUAUAGACACAGAUUCAGUUGGGAUCUCCCAAGGACAGUGUAAUGUUGUUGAUGAUACAAGUCUUUCGUCUACUUCAUCUCCGUCUGCCACCUCAGUUCUAAGUCAUCAGUCGAGCCCCAGUGAAAGUGAUGUCCCUAGUGUGGAUAUAAACUCUGUGAUAACGUCUUCACAUCAACAUAGCCAUUCAGAAACUUCCAAUGAAAUGUGUAUAACCUCUAGUUUAACUUUUGAUAAUGAGAAAUGCAAACAAAGUGUUGUUACAAAUUUAUCAAAAGACAAUAUAUCCAAAAUAAGCCAUUCCCUUUCAGGGAAAAAUGGUGUUGUAUUACCCAAAACAGACCAUUGUGAAAUUGUUCUAUCUGCCUCAGUUGAAACGAGCAAUAUGGCAUUGCAUAAUUGUCAGACAUCAAAAUCAACCAUAGAAAACAAGAUCUCUAGUGACCCUGAUAUACCUAAGGGAAAUAACUCCAGGCCAAACAGCAUUGUUGUGAGCUAUGGAAAUGCUAAUAAUAAAUUGAUGGAUGUAGCUUCUUCAAUUCCCAGUGCUAGUGAUAAGACUGAUUGUGCCAGGCAGCUGAGGUUUGUUCCUGAGAAAAAUGUGGACAAGGCAUGCUUUAAUAUGGCUGAGGCUGUGUCCUAUGUCGUCAGAGAAUGGGACAAAUUUGUACAGUUGAAGGACAAAAAUCCAGCCAACUUAGUUGUGUAUAGCAGCUCUGAGUAAGACACAGCAGAUCACACCACCCUGUUGUCAUGGAAACAGUUUAGUACACAGUGUUCAGAGAAUAGAACAAGGGAGACAACCCAUCAACUCACAGCAACAGCUAAUGUUACCUUCCUGUAGACAAUUGAGCUUAAGUUUGCCUACCGCCAAUGUCUGUGUACAAGCCUUAUAAAUUGUUAUAUUUAUUUGCCACUGUUGUCAAUUUUGCAUCGACAUAGGCAAUGUAUUUUUGUUACAGAGUGGAAAACAUGCAUUUUUUCCCAAAGCUAUUUUGAUGUAAUUGUUGCAGUUUAGAUGAUGUUAGAAAUUUAGAAAAUGAAUUUAAUGCACAUUUUAUGUGAGUUUUAGGGUUGAGGAAUAGCCAGAAGGGAUUGUUUAAUCAUGAUGGGGUUUUUCAAGCUUCAGAAUUUAGUAUUCUGACUUCUACAAAUGUUUUACACAAACUGUUAAUUGUUGCUCCAACAGAUACUGGUACUGACCUAUCAUACAACCUCAAGGUUGGUGAUAUAUCUCAAAAUUUUACUGACUGCUUACCAUGCAGUUUUUAUCAUAAUGUUAAAAUUGAAUGAAAAAUUUAUCAAAAAUGCCUAAAAAAUAUAAUUAUGUGAAUGGAAAAAGUUUAUUUUUCCAUGCCCGAGACAAAACCUGUUGAUAUUUUAAGCAUAUAGACACUACUGUAACAGUAUGGUCUACAUUCAGCUGUUGCCACUUGUUAUACAGGUCAAAAAAUGUUAAUUGACAGUUUUCUUCACAAAACAAUCUAACGGUGACAUUUGCUGUCGAUAGUGUGUGAACAGUUGCUGUUUACAGUUUAUCAUGUACAGAAAUAUUUUUGAUUUUGUUUUACCUGCUAAUAUAUACAUGUGUAAAUUGCAGAAAUGGUUGAGUUAGUCUGUUAUUGAGUGAAACUUCAUUUCACUUAUAUAUUAAGAAGAAGAAGAAAAAAAGAGGAAAUAACAAGCAAUUGUUGGUUACACAUAACCAAAAAAUCUCCAAUGCUAUGUGGUUUUGGUAUGGCAUGUAGUGGUGGUUUGAAUCGGGUCAGAAAUAUUUUGGAAGAUAUUACGACUAUAUAAAGGAAUUUAGUGCUUUGAUUUGUUGAUACUAUUUUUUCAGAUGGUUUUGAUAUAAUUAUCCAAGUAAAGGUACUAUAUUGUAUAAGAUAUUGGAGACUUGAACUCUGAUGUAAAAUUUAAUAGUUUUAAAAAUUCCUUAAGACCUUGUAAUACAGACAGUAGAACUAGCAGCUGCCUGUAACGAGGUAGGGGAAGUUAAAAGUAAUAUAAAGAUGUCAAAUCGACAAAAGCAAUGUGGUGCCAACUUCAGCCUCUUUACCAACUUGACUUGUCAAAAAAGUCAUGUUAUUAGUCGAUGUACCAGUGGUCAUUCGUAACACUGUUGCAAAAAUUCCAUUUUGAAUUUAUAAAUGCCAAAAUAGUUCAGAGAUGUAGAUUUGAAAUAUUUCUUGUAAUGUUACUGUUUGUUGAUUGGCCUUGGUCAUGUGGGGCAAGUUUAAAGUAAAGGGAAAAAUAAAAUCUCAAUAUUCUAUUAUUUGUACCUAGUAAAAUACAGUUCAAAUUCAAACAUAAUCUAUUACCUCCCAUUCAACCUCCAAAUCCACACACAAGCGUUUUUAAGUUGAUUUAUAUAUUUGUUUGUAAUUUCAAAUGCAUUAUUUAUUACUUUUUGAAUGUUGGUUAUUUUCCUAAACAUGUUAAAAUUUCCGAUAAUUUUAAUUUCCCUGCUCAUAAAAUCGAGCUUGAUACUUUCCUAUCGGUUUGAGUUUGAUAAUGUCAUCACCUGGUUUUGAUUACAACACUAUGCAGGGUUGAUGUGGAUGCUUUAAAUAAUCUCAAUUCAUUUAAAUGACAAAGAAAAUCAUUGAGAACACAAGUAAGUUUGUUUGCGAUAAAAGCCUCUAGAAAGCAACGUUUUGAAGAUAAAAUUGGAGAUGAGCAUUUGGAAAACUUGCUUUUUGAGCACUUAUUGGUGUUGGAAUUAAAUAAGUUCUGUUGUACUUGCAUUUGUGUAACUGUUACUGUGGUUAUACCCUAUAAUAAUCAUCCAGUUUCAAAGUUUUAACACCACAUGAUGAAAAAUUGGAGUCAAUCAAUUAAGGUUUUUACAAUAAGGCUCUUUUUGAAGGGUAUGUUUGUAAUUUUAGAAAGCUAGAGGUAAACUAUAAGUAUAAUGAUAAAGUUGGUAACACUUGUGUCAGUAGAGAGUUUAUCUUCAUGUAUCAGUAACAACAUUCCUAUUUUGACUGCACAGGUUUCCUAGGUAGAUAAUUGUAUCGCUGUAUUGUACGUCUGUUACCAUGUAAAAGUCAGCUCGGACAAUAAACUAUUGAAAUAUCUGCAUUUUUAGUCAUAGAAACAUGCACUUUCCUGUGUGUUCCAUGAUACCCAGAACUGUUUUGAUAUUUUUGCACUGCAUAUCUGAAAGAAAACUUUAUUUUACCCUUUGUAAUAUUUGUGUUGGUUUAAUUAAGAAAUCUGUUAAAAUUGUUAAAUGAUAUAUUAUAUACAUAUAUAUAUAUUAUAUAUACAGGCAUGUAAUGCUGUUAAUCCAUUUGGUUAAUGUGUACCUUGUUUAUAUGCUAGCUCCUUUGUUUAUAUACUAAAAUGUUUCUUCAAAGUUUUUAUUUGCUCAAAAAAACUAUUUUGAUAACUUUUUUUUUCAUUUCAUGUUUAUAAGAUGGAUGUGAUUAGGAAAUUUAAUUAUUUUCAAAUGUCAGUAAAAAGGAAAUAAUUUGCAAAACGUUAGUAAUAUUUACGGUUAUAAAAAUUUAUUUAUGUUUGAGAUUGGAUACAUGAAAAGUAAUGUUUUUGAAAGAUUGGAUAGGGGGGUGGCAGGGAGCUAUGUUUAGGAGAUCAAUUUAUAAAAAAAAAUAUGUGUUUUUGUAUGCAAGUGUUGUGGGGCAGGCCUGAGUGAGAAGUGCAUUGAUGGGGACAACGGUGUAGCCCUACAACGUCCCUGGAGGUCAUGGGACAAUGUCAGAGGUCACAAGACGAGGGAUGUUCCACAACAAGAGAGUGUAGUUAUUAGUGUGAAAACUAUGAAGGUGUUAUCGCUCGCCUCAGUACCGGGGACGAGUGAGGCGCGCUGGGAACUGGUGUAGAGUGAUUGUGUGUACAUGAACAAUGGUGUUAAAUACUUACGAUGAUAAAAUUAUGAUGAUACUUGCAAUUAUUUUCCAUUUUGUAUUUCUUUGAUUCUUUUUGUUUUAAUUAAUUAUUUGCAGGAAAGUUUGUUAUGAGGGAAAAAAUGAGGAACUUUUUUGUUUCCUCCCUUCUUUUUGUUAAACAAGUGCUGAUAUGAUUGUAACCAUGGUAUUACUUAGGACAUCAUUGUUUAUCGGCUGGAAUCUUUUUUUUAACCUGCGUAAUUUCAUAACACAUUGAACUUAUAAUGGUACGGCAGAGACUCUUUAGAGAGAGAAAUCUGCAAGUUUAAAUUGCUGGAAUUAUUAAUAUUUAGAAGGUGCUGUUAUAAACUUGUGACUUUGGUGAAAGGAGAACCUGAACUUUUACAAUAUUGAAAUAAUUCAUCCAUGAAAAUCUUUUAAUGGCUGUAUGAUUUUGUUCAUGAUGAUUAGCAAAUAUUUCCAAUGUUUAAGUCACCAAUCAGCCAUUCCAUUUGGAUUAAAAGGCAUUGGCCUAAGUGUUGAGUAAGGUAACCAUGGUUAUUUAAUCAUAUCAUACCACAGGAGGAUGCAAGGAAAUCAAUAUGGAGGAAAUACUUAAAAUCACAGAAUUUUUCUUGAAUAAUUUGUUGGUUUGGUGAGGUAUGUAUUAGUGAAUACACACUUUUCAGGUUUCCUAGGGUCUGUAUUUUAAAUAGGACUUACAACAGGUGUAUGUCUGAUGUGAAUAUUUGUGUGAUCAAAUAUUUUUAAGAUCUUUAAAUUCAUCAUUGACUCGUGCAUCAACAUGAAAAUAAUUUACAAAAUGUAAGUGGUUUACAACGGACAUUUUGUAUGCUAUUCAUAUUAGAAAGUACUCUCCAUUGGUUUCUAUGGUAAAAUCCUGCUAGCCUACUAUGGGGAAAUACUGUAUAUUGGUCAGUAGGGUGAAACCCUACUAACAUGCUGCAGUAAAGUACUGCCCAUUGGUCUGUAGGAUACAAUCUUGUUAGCAGGCCGUGGGGAUGUGGUGCCCAGGUCUGUUUGGUGAAAACCUGCUAACAUGUUGUGGUCUAUGCACUGUGAAAGAUUUAGGUAUCAUGAACUCCACAAUGAAAUGUGGAUGUCCUGCUAACUAAAUCCACAGUUCAGCCAUACCUACUCCCUACUCUUUGUUGUGUACCAAACAAGUAACAAUCAUAUGCACUGUACAGUAAAACCUUUUUUCAAGCACGACUCAAAUUACCUGCUAAAUUAGCAUUGAUUUCAUCAUUUAAAGGUUAAUGAGGUUAGACAGUGUUGAGUAUAAUGGGAAAGUAAUCUGCUUGUGUGUGCAGCCUGAAAUUGUGGGAAACUUCAGUAUACAAUUGGAAAUUUGGAUGGCACUUUUUCUGAUGGUCAUUGUGGUUGAAUAGAAGUAGCUAGAGUUAUUGACCCUCCUGUGGUUGUGUGUGAGGUUUGUGUUGUGUGUGAGGACUCCCGCAGUGUUGGCUGUCUGUCUGGCCUAACUAAUUCACAAUCUUUGUCUCUGUUUCCAUUUGUGACAGCAGAAUUCAUUUAAGUUGUUAUUCCAGAUAAUAUCUCAGAUCGCUUGUAGAAAUAUAUCCAGAAAAUUCUGAAACUAGUGAUAUUUUUUAACAUUAUCUAUAAAUCCUAUUCUAUUAAACUGACAAUAAAUGUAGGCUUAGGUCCAUUUUGUGAUACAGUGACACGUUAACUUUGUUCCUCGUUUGGUCACAGAUUUGACCAAGGAACCAGUCGGUCCAAAAACACAGAAACAUGUAAAAUUCAUUUUCAUUAGAAUUACUUACUCAUUGAUCUUAUUGGGAUACUUUUGCUUUGCUUUGUUGAUAUCUAUCCUUAACAGACAUUGAUCAAUUAGUUAGGAUUAUUAAUUCUGUCUUGGUUGUUGCAAAAAAUGCAUGAUGUUAUAUUUCUAGUGAGAGUGAUGUAGAAUCUUAGUGAUAUAAAUAUAGUGCAGAUUUAAGCAGCAACAGAUCUCCUAGCUUUUUGUUGUUUCCCUGAAGAAAAAUAACAAAAAUUAUGUUAUAAUUCUAAAUCGGUUUUAACAUGGACUUAAUUAAACAGAUCUUUUUAUAAUGUGAUGUUGACAAAUUAUAAUGUAUCUUGUAGAAUAAUCAGCUGAGCAUAUCUAGACAAUUCCAACAGUACAGGUAUUUUAAACUAAUGUUUUACAUUUGUAAUGUUGAGUUAAAACUACUGACAGAUUAGUUUUAAAACAUGAUUUCACUUGUGGGAACUGGGGUAACGUCUACUUAGUACCACAGCAUUUUUAAUUAGGUCUCAAUUUGGGCAUUGUUGAUAUUAUGCAUUUAACAGAGAAGCAUUUAGCUCCAUUAACUGACUUUCUGUAGAAAACUUUUACAGUUAAAAUUGGAUACACUUUACCACUGUUACCAUACUGGUGGAAUGGUCUUGUGAUCAUUUACACCGUUGCUCCAGAGUAACCCGUUAUGUGAGAUCAGAUAAGGUAUAUGUAUCUGUGGUGACUGUACAAACAGUAGCAUCACUGGAAAGUUUCAAUAUACAAUGUGAACUUCAGUAUAUCUGUAACUAUAAGGUGGGGCACUUGAUAUAUUUGUAUUCCUAGUAACUUUUUGUACUACCUGCUUUUAUAGACAAUAUCAAAGUGUCUACCUGGUCUUUUAAUGUGCCUUCAGAGUUUUACUGGUGAUAGACCAGAUACCUGCCCAUAAGUUGAAAACUCCCCACUGACGCGCCUCACAUUGGUCCUCCCAUUGGUCCUCCUUUGGACACCAGCUGUAUCAGGUGCUUUAUAUCUGUACUUUGAUUAAAAUCUAUGAGCAACACUAUUUAGUAGCUUUGUAGUAUUUAUUGUCAACCUCUUGUUAAUCUUAGCGUUCACCAAAGCUACUAUUUAUAUCCAGUGUUUCUCGGGAACAACCUUAUGUGUCACUGUUUCUGGACAUGCUAUCUUCAUGGACACACUCCUACUGUUUGUCUUUGUAUCUACUAUUAAUCCAGUCUCUAAUUUUUGCCCUGUAUUACUUGCUUGUACUGAUGAGCUGUUCAGAUUAAUCAAAUGCACACAUCAGAUAUUUCCAACCCACACAGCAAUUUUUCACUCUGUUUGGAAUUGAAGUGUGGAGCUAUCUUUAUUUUUUAUUUUUUACAAAAUCUUCCAAGUUAUUGCAUUUAUCUAAUUGAACGAAUAUAACCAGAUAAAUGUUGCACCCCAUUUUGUACCCUACAGCUACAUUCCUCCCUUCCACUUUAACACUGCAGGGGUCCUGGUAUGAGAGUUGAAAUAAGCUAGCUUUGGCUGUUGGCUAGCACUUGAAAUGUUUUCCUAAUUAUUUUGUAUUACAAAUUUAAAUGCUUUAAUGUUUUGAAAGAUGAGUAUUGUAUAUUUAUGUAUAACCAUAGGAAUUUCCAGAGGUCAGAAUUCAGGGGCAGAUAAUUUUUGCCAAGGUUUAGACCUUUCUUUUUCAUAUAAUAUACAAAUUGAGUUUUGAAAACUAGAAAAAAUCACUAAACAUGAUUAAUUUCCUUGUUAAUUGUAUUUUUUUUCUUUGUCAAUUUGCAAUGCAGUAUAACAAGCACAGCAGGUCAAAUCUAGUUCAAAAAGAACACUUUUUUUGGAUUAACUUGGUGUAAAGUUUGUACAUUUUACAAACUUCAAUCGAUAUUGAACCCAAAAAGCCCAUAUCUAUAUUAUUACUGUUUUCUGUGUAUUGUCAACAGCAGUCGGUAUACCUUGGAAAUAAAAUGCUUACUGAAUAA